AUGAAAGAGAAACCCUACAAAUGCUUGGAGUGCCACAAGAGCUUCCAGCAGAGCGCCCAGCUUUCUUGCCACAGGAAGAUCCACACUGAAUGGAUGCAUCUUGAUCCUGCUUUAGCUGCCAGAGGAUGUUUAACUGUAACACAUCGGCAAUCAAAGAGGAACCAGGAGAAGACCUUGAUGUCACCCCGGCUGGGAGAAGCGAUGGCAGACCCUGGGGAAUUGCUGGGGAGAAGACCCCCGAGGAAAACAUUCUUGGCCCUGAUCCAGUGCAAUGCAAAGAGGAACCAGGAGAAGACCUUGACAUCGCCCUGGGCUGAGAGAAGCGAUGGUGGACCCUGGGGAAUUGCUGGGGAGAAGACCCUCCUAGAGGAUGCUCUUGGCCCUGAUGUAAAGCCAGAGCAAUGCAAAGAGGAACCAGGAGAAGACCUUGACAUCACCCCGGCUGAGAGAAGCGAUGGUGGACCCUGGGGAAUUGCUGGGGAGAAGACCCCUGAGGAGGACGCUCUUGGCCCCAAUGUAAAGCCAGUGCAAUGCAAAGAGGAACCAGGAGAAGAUCUUGACAUUGCCCCGGCUGAAAGAAGCGAUGGUAGAUCCUGGGGAAUCGCUGGGGAGAAGAUCCCCGAGGAGGACGCUCUUGGCCCCGAUGUAAAGCCAGUGCAAUGCAAAGAGGAACCAGGAGAAGACCUUGACAUCGCCCCGGCUGAGAGAAGCGAUGGUGGACCCUGGGGAAUUGCUGGGGAGAAGACCCUCCUAGAGGAUGCUCUUGGCCCCGAUGUAAAGCCAGAGCAAAUCAAAGAGGAACCAGGAGAAGACCUUGACAUCACCCCGGUUGGGAGAAGCGAUGGUGGACCCUGGGAAAUUGCUUGGGAGAAGACCCCCGAGGAGGAUGCUCUUGGCCCCAAUGUAAAGCCAGAGCAAUGCAAAGAGGAACCAGAAGAAGACCUUGAUGUCACCCCAGUUGGGAGAAGCGAUGGCGGACCCUGGGGAAUUGCUGGGGAGAAGACCCCCGAGGAGGACGCUCUUGGCCCCGAUGUAAAGCCAGUGCAAUGCAAAGAGGAACCAGGAGAAGACCUUGACAUCACCCCGGCUGAGAGAAGCGAUGGUGGACCCUGGGGAAUUGCUGGGGAGAAGACCCUCCUAGAGGAUGCUCUUGGCCCUGAUGUAAAGCCAGAGCAAUGCAAAGAAGAACCAGGAGAAGACCUUGAUGUUGCCCUGGCUGAGAGAAGCGAUGGUGGAUCCUGGGGAAUUGCCAAUGAGGCUGAGCCGGACACCAAACAGGGAGCACCCCUCCGGUGGGUGGUGAAGGAGGAGGACAACAAGGGCGAAACAGUGCUGAGCGAAAGCGAGUGGAGCCUGCUUCCUCUUCGCCUCUCUUUCUCAGGCAAAGAUGGGAGGGAGAGUGAGAAUGGGGAGAAAGCGAAUGAAAGAAUCCAUGCAGGAGAGAAACCAUAUAAAUGUGUGGAUUGUGGAAAGAGCUACAGUACCAAAUGGUAUUUUAAUGAGCACAAAAAAACCCACACGGGAGAAAGACCGCAUCAUAAAUGCCUGGAGUGUGGAAAGUCCUUCACUGAGAAAGCAUACCUGAAAGUGCACAGAAGAAUCCACACUGGAGAGACACCAUAUAAAUGCCAGGAGUGUGGAAAGAGCUUCAGUGCGAGGACGAAUCUCAGAAUGCAUGAAAGGAUCCACAUGAAAGAGAAACCCUAUAAAUGCCUGGAGUGUGGAAAGGGCUUCGCUGAUAGUUCAAACCUGAAAGUGCACAGAAGAACCCACACAGGAGAGAAACCAUACAAAUGCUUGGAGUGCGGAAAGUGCUGCGCUACCCAAUGGAAACUUAAUGAACACAAAAGAACCCACACGGGAGAAAAUCCGAUUUAUAAAUGUGUGGAGUGUGGAAAGGACUGCGAUACAAAAUGGAAACUUAAUGUGCACAAAAGAACCCACACGGGAGAAAAACCGUUUACAUGUGCGGAAUGUGGAAAGAGCUUCACUGGGAAUUCAUCCCUCAAAGUGCACAGAAAAAGCCACACAGGAGAGAAUCCAUAUAAAUGUGUGGUAUGUGGAAAGAGCUUCAGUGCGAGGACGAAUCUCAGUACGCAUGAAAGGACCCACACGAAAGAGAAACCCUAUAAAUGCCUCGAGUGUGGAAAGAGCUUCACUGAUAGUUCAACCUUUAAAGUGCACAGAAGAAUCCACACAGGAGAGAAACCAUAUCAAUGCUUGGAGUGCGGAAAGGGUUUCGCUGAGAGAGGGCACCUUACUAGGCAUGCAAGAACCCACGCAGGAGAGACAUCAUAUCAAUGUGCGGAGUGUGGAAAGAGCUUCGUUGAUAGUUCAAACCUGAAAGUGCACAGAAGAAUCCACACAGGAGAGAAACCAUAUAAAUGCUUGGAGUGUGGAAAGAGUUUCGCUGUGAGAGGACACCUUACUAAGCAUACAAGAAUCCACACAGGAGAGACACCAUAUAAAUGUGCGGAGUGUGGAAAGAGCUACAGCUCCAGGACGAAUCUCAGUGUGCAUGAAAGGACCCACACGAAAGAGAAACCAUAUGAAUGCUUGGAGUGUGGAAAGAGUUUCAGUGUGAAAGGAAACCUUACUCAACAUCAAAGAACCCACACAGGAGAGAAACCACACAAAUGUGUGGAGUGCGGAUUGUGCUUCAGUAUCAAAAAGCAUCUUACUAAGCAUAAGAGAACCCACACGGGAGAAACACUACCAAUGCUUGGAGUGCCACAAAAGCUUCAGGCAGAGCGCCCACCUUUCUUGCCCCAGGAAGAUCCACAUUGGGGAGAAACCGUAUAAAUGCCAGAGUGUGGAAAGCAUAUCAACAAUUGUAGUGCCUUCUGUUGCCAUCAGAGUACCCACACGGGCCAAAAGCUAUUCAAAUGCUUAGGAAGUGGCAAGACCUGUAGGAAUAGCACAGAGCUUCCUUUACAGAGUACAAGUCAAUGAGGUGAAAAUUAUCCUAUAUCUGUACAGUCUAUGUUAGCUUUUUAUAGUAUGCAUACUUGUCUGUAAUCAGAUAAUAAAGAUUUUUGAGCUUGA